UUUUGUCAGUUGCUGCCGAGUGAUUCGAGGAGAAAGAUGUGCUGCUUGGUUGCGUUACUUAUAAUCGGAUUGGUGCUCUGCCAGAAUUCGUUCGCCCAGCUUCUGGAUGAACAAUGUGGAGAAGUGCUACCCUUUAAAAUUACAGGCGGAUACGUGCCGAAACAUAUGCCAUUCAUGGCCGCCUUGUAUCACAAUACCGAAUUUAUGUGUGGCGGAUCCCUAAUACAUAAGCGAUAUGUUCUAACCGCUGGGCACUGCGUAAUGGACUUUAAUGAAGUAACCGUCCACCUGGGAGAAUACAAUCGAUCGUGCCCCAUCACAGAAUGCAAUUUCGUGGUGCAACUAAAGGCCGAGGUAGUAAGGUAUCCCCGUUCGUUUAUAAAUGUUUAUCUAGCCGAUAUAGCUUUGCUGCGACUGGAGCGCGAAGUGGCUUUUCAAGCCCACAUACGACCAAUAUGCAUUAGCCUGGACGAGGAGGUGACAUCAGAUAGUGAAAACUCCUUCACGGCGUAUGGAUGGGGUAGUACGGAUCCGACGAUAUAUGAGCCAAGUGACAUACUGAAAGCGGUCAGUUUGAAGCGACUGGAUCAGUGCAAUGUAAGCCGAGACACAAUAUGCGCGGGCGGCAAUAUGGGAGACACCUGUCGGGCUGACUCUGGUGGUCCAUUGGUAGGCAAGUUCAAAUACCUCGGGAAAACUAGACAUUUACAGUUUGGGAUCGUGAGCUACGGCAACCGCGAGUGCGAUGGAUCUUAUGGGAUCUAUACAGAUGUAAAUGCCUACAAGUCGUGGAUAGCAAACGUCGUUCUUGAAAACGAACCGAGAAUCCUGCAGGAGAAGUGCAAGAGCGAUUGGGGCGGCAAGGUUUUGGUCCGCCUGUGGGAAAUGUCACUCAUUACGCAUAAGUUCGCCGGUGCCCUUAUCACAAAUCAAUUGGUUUUGACUGCUGCCAGUGCUUUCCCCGACACCGACUUCAAUGCCACCGAAAUCGAAGUAGAAUCUGUUUAUCAGCAAAUCCAUCGCGUCGGGUGGGUUAAAAAGCAUCCCGACUUCAGCCGAUCGCCCUCAAUAAGGAAUAACAUAGCUGUGAUUAGGCUGGCUCAAAGGAUUCCAAAAUCAGAUCUCGAGAUACCAAUCUGUUUGGGACUGAACUUGAGUCCUCCGACGGCUUGGAGUGCCUACCUUUAUAGCGCCAAAUUUCAGUUCUUGGGCAGUCGAGAUGUAAAUUUAAAGAGGAUCCCUGAAUGCUCUGUGGAAAGCGAUCAGAUCUGCGUCGAGAAGCCGAAUCCAUUGGCUUAUCAACGUUACGAGACUCCUGGCUUGGUGAUAGGUACCAAUCAAAUGUUUAAGGGAAGGGAAAGGUACAUGAUUGCGGGCAUAGUAAGCCACACUCAAGAUAACGCAAUCGUCUUUACAAAUAUUCAAGACCACGCCAAAUGGAUUGCUGAUCAACUGAUAUACACAUAG